AUGGCAGCUAGACCGGCACACUCGUUACCCUUGUACCAACGAUACAUCAACGGUGUACCGGUCCACUUGAAGAGAAAGACAUUACGACUGCAGGACAAAUAUAUUAUAUUGUUCUUGUUUGGGAUUUUCACGAUAGUUUUUACCUGCGCAUUUUUAUUUCUUCCCAAUUUCCAAGAAAAAGUUUUCGGGAGUAAAAUUAAAAGGGAGAAAGAAGGAACUGUGUCAUUUAGAGAGGACCUGUUCAGAAUUGAAGCACACAAUAGUUCGUAUUUGCGCGGUUUAGACAAAAUAAAGUCAGAAACACAACCGCCUGGUGAACAUAAUAAACUUAAUGUCUUGGUCUCAAAAAUGAUGCUUUCGCCCGAUAAUGCAGGCGCACUGAAAAGUGAGAUCCAGAGUGAUAAAGAACUGUUUUUGAAAAAGUACAGGGAAAUGAAAGAAGAAAUAAAACGCAAAGAAUUAGAGAAGUUAAAGAAAGUUAAUAAGGAUCAUGAGGGUCAUUUAGGUGGAAGAGGGGGCAUGCCAUCAGAUCCAGACGUAAAGGUGCAAAGAGAUAAAAUCAAAGAGAUGAUGCUGCAUGCAUGGAAUGGCUACAAAAAAUAUGGGUGGGGAGCUAACGAGCACCGCCCAGUUUCCAAACGGCCAAACCUUGAAGGGAUAUUUGGGGCCAACUCCCUGGGCACAACUAUUGUAGAUGCUGUGGAUACAUUAUACAUCAUGGAGUUACAUGAUCAGUAUGGUGAUGCCAGAGACUGGAUUGCACAGAAUUUAAAUUUUGACAUUUCAGCAGAUCUGUCAGUGUUUGAAACAAAUAUCAGAUUUGUGGGUGGGCUUCUGUCAGCAUAUGCUCUCACUGGAGACCAGAUGUUCAAGAUCAAAGCAAAAGACAUAGCGGACAGAUUAUUGCCAGCGUUCAAGACAGAAACUGGUGUGCCUCUAGCUGUCAUUAAUCCUAAAACCGGGUCAACUCAUAACUAUGGGUGGGUGUCUGGUGGCAGUUCUGUUCUGGCAGAAGUCGGCUCCCUGCAUCUGGAGUUUGAUUACCUUUCUGCUGUCACAGGAGAUAGUGUUUACAAGGAUAAGGUGAUGAGAAUACGAAGAUUUCUGAAAGACCUGGAAAAACCUGAUGGUUUAUACCCAAACUACUUACACCCAGUCACUGGCAAGUGGGGACAGAAUCAUGUCAGCAUGGGUGCCCUUGGGGAUAGCUUCUAUGAGUACCUACUGAAGCAAUGGCUGAUGUCCAACAAAACGGACACUGAAGUCAGACAGAUGUAUGAUGAUGCCAUGAAGGCUGUCUUUGAGAGGAUGCUGGUCAAAUCUAAAGGAGGUCUGACCUACUUUGCUGAGUUCCGGAAUGGUCGGCUGGAGCACAAAAUGGAUCAUCUGGCAUGUUUUUCUG